AUGCUGGAUGACCUAGACAACGUCUUCGACGACCAUCCAUCCCUGGAAGCGUCGCUCGAAGACUUCGAAAGCAACACACAAAGAUCUCCCAUGUUCGGAUUACCGUCUCAGCACUCUGGCUUCCGAUCUGACGACUCGGAGAAUGAUGAUGAUGAGAUCGAGGAUGAACUGGUCGACGAUCGCUGGUCCCCACCUGGCUUUCUCAAUGAAGACGGCCAAAGAGGUGGAUGGUACCGCCAUCAGCCUUAUAUUAUGCGCAAAGGUAACCCCCACCAUCUCAAGCCCACAAUUGGGCUCAGCGUCUCUCCAUCCCAGUCGCGUGAGCCAAGUCCACAGUAUGAGGAUGCGCUUGAGAGCCCCACGACAGGGACAGGUGAUCGCGCUACACCGGGUGACAUAUCUGUCGCGGCCAAUGUGCCUCUACCGGCGGGUGCAGAUACCCCCCUCCUUGGACGAUCCCCAAGUCCACACCCAGGUCCAAGUACAGAUCGCACCGCUCGCCAGAGUCCAGAGGACGAGGAAGGCUUUAGGCCCGAGAAAUUGAGCAAUUAUAUUCGCUUUGCCGUGCGUGCAGAAGUCCAGCACCGAGAACCCAUUGCCGCAAUGUUUGGAUAUUUGCGCUCAAAGUUCGAGCGCAUGACCAGCUCAAAGUCUAACACUACGUUAUCCGUGGUCAUCAUCCUAAUCUCAGUCGCUUUCAUGCGCGCCCUAGUCCUCCCAGGCCUCCCCCAAUCAAUUCCCGAUCUAGUCAAACUAUCCGGAUUCGCCCGUUCCUUCGAGCCGUUAAUCUACUACUCGGAGAACGGCGUCCAGCAGAUCGGCACACUACAAGAAACAGGCGUCGCAGUCUGGGAUCUGAGCGAAUCCGUCCGCGGCACAAACAUGACCAGCGCCCCCAUAAUCGUUCACCAACUCGACGAACUCUCCGACUCCCUCAAAUCUCUCUCUCUAGAGCUGACCCGCUUCUUCGCAAACGUCGACUCAGAUAUUGACUCCAUCCUAAUAGUAAUGGACUGGGCAAAGCGCGAACUGGAAACCCUCUCAGCGCAACCCCCAAGCUCCCUCCCCACAAUUGUCUUCGACAACAUGCACAACAUGCUUUCGCGCCUAGGCGCCCUGGAACGCCCAGUCGCCGAAGGCCCCGCCACCUCAACAACAACACCCCUCGGUCACCUUGUCAUGGCCAUCCUGGGCCCAACAUCCGCACAGCGAACCCGCUCAACCCUCACCCGCACCUUCACAGAGUUCCUCUCCGUCCUGGAAGAAUCCAUAAACAGCGAACUAUCACAUUCAACCGCGCUCUUCGCCCUAUUCGAAUCAAUAGACCGCCAAUUCCUCAACUUGCAGCGCACCGUGGUACGCGAGUCAGACGCCCAAGAACGCGCCGAAGGCGAAAUGCUCUCAUCGCUGUGGACGCGCGUUCUGGGGCCUGAUGCUCUCGCCGUGCGCAAAUACGAAAAGAACAAGAAGUUGCUCGCGAACGUGCGCUCGCGCACAGUCGCCAAUAAACAUCUUCUCGUCGAUCACCGCGGCCGGCUUCUGACGCUGAAAGUGAACCUGGAGACGCUGCGGCGAAAACUUGUUAGUCCGCUUGUGCGGCGGAAUGACUCUGUCAGUUUUGUAGGGUCUGUUGAUGGCGGGAGUGGGAAUGGGAAUUCGGCUGCGGGGCGCAUGUUGGGGCCUGUGGAGGCUGUUAUUGAUGGGCAGAUUCGUGGGCUGGAGGGGACGUAUGAUUAUCUUCGGUCUGUGAGGGAGAGGCAGAAGGCUAAGCUAAUGGAGAUGGUUUAUGGGGCUGGGAGGAAACCUAGUCAGGCUAUGAUUGAUGGGUUGGAGAGGGAUGACGAUUGA